AUGCGUUCUCAAUCCAUUGCUAUCUCUUCCCUACUAUGCAGGCUGGCAUUCGCUGUGCAGCCGCUGGUGCACCUAGACUACUCAACCUACGAAGGCCUUGACCAAGGCAAUGGCGUUACACAGUGGCUAGGAGUACGAUACGCUGCAUCGCCUGUUGGAGACCUUCGAUUCCGCGCUCCUCAAGCUCCAUCAAACACUACUGGCACGCAAUCUGCCAAGGACUUUGGACCUAUUUGCCUUGGUACUGGCAGCGGAGCCCCAACAAACAAGAGCAACGAAGACUGUCUCCUGCUCAACAUCUACGCACCAACUGGAGCCACGAGCGACUCGAAAUUACCUGUGUAUUUCUUCAUCCAAGGAGGAGGCUUCAACACCAACAGCAACCCAAACAUCAAUGGUUCCGAGCUGAUCCACGCAAGUGAUCUCAAUAUCGUAACGGUUGCCGUCAAUUACCGUGUGGGCCCGUACGGGUUCCUGGCUAGCCAAGAGAUCCAGGAGGAUGGCAGUAUCAACAAUGGCCUGAAGGACCAGCGCCAGGCUUUGUACUGGGUCCAAAAAUACAUUACUGAGUUUGGUGGCGACCCAUGCCACGUAACCAUGGGAGGCGACAGCGCUGGAGCUCAAUCCGUCAAUCUACAGGUCACUGCAUAUGGAGGGCGCAAUGACAAUCUCUUCCACGCUACAGCAGCAGAAUCCCAGUCCUUCUCCGCGCUUCGUACAGUACCAGAGAACCAGUACAUGUACGACAAUCUCGUCAUUCGCACCGGGUGUGCCUCCGCUGCGGACACCCUGUCAUGCCUCCGCGACGUUUCAGCCACAGAUCUACAGAAGCAGAACUUCAACACACCAUUCCCAGGUGCCCAGAUAGCACCUCUGUACAUGUACGGCCCGACUCUAGACUUCGACUUCAUCACCGACUACACAUACAACGCAUACGCCAAUGGAGCUUUCGUCCGAGUACCUGCGCUCGCCGGUGAUGAUACAAACGAGGGCACAAUCUUUGCUCCCCGCAACGCCGGCAACAUCAGCGACAGCGAUGUCUUCAUGCAAGCGAACUUCCCGUCUUUCACACUUGCACAGCUACGCAUGUGGAAUGAACUGUACCCCGUGAACGAGACGGUACAGUACCCGAAUUCUGGUCGGUACUGGAGACAGGUGUCGAACGGAUAUGGUGAGGUUCGGUACAUCUGCCCCGGUAUCUUCAUAAGUGGCGUCUUUGCGAAUAUGAGUCUGAAUGACAACUGGAACUAUCGUUGGAAUGUGAUUGAUCCUACUGCGGAUGCUCAAGGUCUGGGUGUUACGCAUACAGUUGAGGUCAACGCUAUCUGGGGUCCGAACAACACGGGGGGCGGCGCUCCUUCCUCCUACUACUCUGGAGGCGUUAAUUAUCCCAUCGUGUCGGUUGUCCAGGGCUACUGGACCAGCUUCAUUCGCUCCUACAAUCCCAAUACUCACCGUGUGUCUGGGUCGCCCGAGUGGGAAGCGUGGACCACGGACAACGAGUAUCAGCGACUGAUGUUCCAGACCAACAACACGCAGAUGGAAGCAGUGCCAGAAGACCAGGCUGCGAGAUGCGCCUACUUCGCUAGCAUCGGUGUCAGUUUGAAGCAGUGA